AAAUAGCUAAGUUCCUUUUCUUAUCAUCCCAUGAACAAAUUCUAGGUAAUUCAACCAAUCUUUCUGAUUUUGUUGUGGUUGACGGUUUGGCUGGAAAUUUUGAUAGGACUGGAAAUUCUGACGAGGUCGAUGAUUCUGAUGGGACCGGUAAUUUUGAUCGUAUCGAAAGUUUGGGUAAGGGGGGUGAUUUGGGUGAGGCCGAUGAUUUAAACGGCGCCGUCGAAAAUUUGUCAGGUGAGCGGAAUGGAGUGAUGUCUGAUGGUUCCCUUGAUGCUUGGGAAUUUCACUCACAGCAUCGAGUGGAAUCCGAUCAGUGGUUUUAGUUAUGCCACGUUGGGAUUGAGUAUUAAUUUGUCGUUUUGCAUAAUAGCCAUGCCUGUAUCCCUUCGAGUAAACCUUUUUCUUAUUGGGAAGCUUACUUUGUUUAUUUUUCUGCAUUUUUGAUGACGGUAACUCAAUUAGUGGCAAAUUUCCCAAACACUUAGGUAGCGUCGUUUUGGUUUUACACCGACUAAAUGGUUGACCUUGACCUUCUACGGUAUUGCAGUUUGAUUUAGAAUUCUCACAUUGAUAAUCACGAACACUAUUAGAAUUGUUACUGACUUUACUCUGUAGGCAUUUUACCCUUGUAACAGAUCAGAAAUCCGUGUCGUACAUGUUUGACCAAAAAUGAUAAGAUCAUGCGAUAAAAAAUGAUAAGAUCAUGCGAUAAAAAAUCAUGCGAUAAAAAAGAUAAAAAAUGAUAAGAUCAUGCGAUAGGGAUUCGAGCUCUCUUGUUACAGCUUCGACAUUAUCUACCGACCUGGAAAGGACAACAUUCCACCUGGCACCCUUUCCAGAGCCACAUGCGCCACCACUACACAAGAUUCUCUCCACAAGCUUCAUGAGUCACUUUGUCAUCCAGGGGUAACCCGGCUUUACCAUUUUGUGCGAACCAAGAACCUGCCUUAUUCUUUGGAUGAAAUCAAGAAAGUCACAAGCAGCUGUCGUGUAUGUUGUGAAUGUAAACCACAGUUCCACCAGCCUCAAAAAGUCCCUCUCAUCAAAGCCACUCGACCAUUUGAAAGAAUCAACAUAGAUUUCAAAGGUCCACUACCCACCAUUAACGAGAACAAGUACUUUCUGAAUGUCAUUGAUGAAUACUCUAGGUUCCCAUUUGUUUUCCCAUGUCCCGAUGUUUCCACAACGACAGUUAUCAUAUGCCUAGUUACUCUUUUUUCCCUCUUCGGAAUGCCAGCGUACGUCCACUCCGACCGUGGUGCUGCCUUUAUGAGUCACGAGUUACGAGCUUUUCUCGCAGAGAAAGGAAUUGCCACCAGCCGAACGACUAACUAA